GAGUAUAAUUAUUGUUAGAUGCUAUAUAGCACAUUUAGCGCUAGCACUGUUAAUUAAAACACUUCUACAGGAGAAAAAGAUGAAGUACAAGCUGCGAUAUUUCUACUCAAAAGGAGCUUUUCUAGUUCUUGUGUGGAUGAUGCUUAUAACAUCAGCAUUGACUUUCCUAUUUCUUGUGCUCACCAAAUCAGGGAGCAUUCAAACAUAUCCUCACUCGAAAGACCAGAUAUUUCUUUUAUUACCGAUGAUUGCCUUCAUUCCCAUAUCAGGCUGGCUAGCUGAUGUUUGGUAUGGAAACUUCAAAGUGUUUAGGUUUGGUGCAGUACUAUUAUUUGUUUCAGCGGUAUUGACCUGCAUUUGUUUGAUAAUUAAGGAAGAGGGAGUUUAUCCAACUGUGAUAAGGAUCACUUCAACUGCAGCUGUAUUAGUUGCAUAUAUUGGAGUUAGUGCAUGCCUAGUAACAGCUUUUCAGCUAGGCUUGGAUCAGAUGCCAGAUGCUUCGUCUGACAACAUCAUAAGUUUUAUCAAGUGGCUCAUUGUCUCAGCUCUCUUUGGUGUAUGGAUUAGUGAGAUUAUCCUAAAAAACACAAUAUAUUGUGCUUUCGUUGAUACUGGCAAUAAAUACAUUUUUUUCAGUCUCUACCCAGUGUUUGCUAUGAGCAUUCUGUGCUGUAGUAUUUUUCUUUUAGCCCAAAAAUGGCUGAUUAUUGAGCCAAAAUCACCUCAGUCCCUCAAAAUCAUCUACCAAAUUCUCAAGUUUGCAGCCAAGCACAAAGCUCCCCUCAAUCGCAGUGCUCUCACAUACUGGGAAGAAGACGUACCUUCAAGAAUGGACCUGGGAAAGUCGAGAUACGGUGGUCCAUUCACUACAGAGCAAGUUGAAGAUGUGAAAACGUUCUUUAAGAUUAUUGUUAUCCAAAUACCAUUGUUUUUUGUCUCAUUAUCAUUUCAUAUACAUCUUAAUCACCAAUCAUCAUUUCCUCUCAGCAGAUGCACUUCUGUACUUAUUAAUAUCUUUACUUAUCAUCCUUUUGUCUGUGCAAUGUUAGUAACGCUUAUCUCAGAAUUUAUAGUCUAUCCUCUAGUUAAAAUGGAACCACCAAGUAUCCUGAAACAGAUUGGAUUUGCUUGCUUCAUCAUUGUGGUAGCAAAUAUAGGAUUGUUAAGUGCAGAAGUUGUGAGCUAUUUCCAUGAUAUACAAAUUUGGAUUGAAAUAGCUAGUUCAGUAAUGGGCGGUCUUGUUUACUUGUCUUUCUUGACAAUAUUGAUUCUGUUGUUUGCUUGUGCGCAAUCUCCAUAUAACAUGCGUGGUCUUUUGGUAGGAAUCGCAUUAUUACUUCAUGCUUCAUCAUUAGGCCUUGGGGGAGUUCUCUUUAACAUCAUGAUCAACCUUUGUAACAAAUGCUACAACUAUAUAAUAUAUUCGUCAGUCAUGGUGGCUGAAAUUGUGUAUAGCGGAGUGCCCAAAAAGCAUCACACUCAAGAUCGAGCUAGAGGAGCAGAUAUUCCACCUGCUGGCAGAGACACAAGAGGACAUGAGAUACUGGGCUCAUGA